AAUAUUAUACUCAAGUUCAGAUAGGUAAUUAAAUACAAUGAGCGAUAAAAUAAAAUUCAGAGAUGUCUAUGAUGGCAUUCAGACAUUUCGAAAUUUUUUGUUAGGCAGAAAGUAUACUCUGCAUAAUCGGUUUCUUCCCUUCAUAUCACCACGAUCGAUACCUAGGCCAGAUAUUCCUAAGAGCAGUGUCGUCAAGUAUUCUGACAAUUACUAUGCUCAAAGACAUGUCUUUGAUUCUGUGAAGCCUCCAGUUAUUGCACCCGUAGCUGAAGCAUUACCGGCUGAUCAAAAAUGCGGAGAAUCCACUGAGGCUGUAUGUUUUCAAAGUGCACCAACUCCUGGUAGAGUCUGGUGGUGGGAUGGUCAUAGCUAUUAUGAAGAUGAGAAAAAGGCCAUACAAAGAAAGGAGGAGCCUAAAUUAGAAGGGCCUAAAUAAUUUAUGAGAAAAAGAAACAAUAGGUUUACUUACAUAAAUAAUAAUACGUUUCGUA